UUACAAUCCAAAUCACCUGAGUUGUUUCCCUUCCGCGUUUCGUUAGAGUUGCUUAACUCAAGCUUUUACUCCUGGGGUUGAGCCGUGAAGUAACUGAGCCCUGCUACAUCUGAAUAUACUUUUCGAACUAGUUUAGGACCGUAGUGUGAAAAUCAGCAGAAUACACUGAAGUAAUUUAGUCCAGAAACCAAGUACUUGAAAACAGCUGUAACGUAAGUUGGAGAAUUUGUUCACCUGAGCUGCCUGAUCUUUCAAAACAUUUCUUUGUUCAGCCAAGCGAAGUAUGUUAAAUGCUUAUCCGUGUUCCGUAGAACCUCCUCACUCAUCACUGUGUGUCGAUAGUCAAGCAAAGAUGCCUGACCUCGGAACAAUUGCAUUGCUUCACACAACCUUAGCUACGGGAUUCUCGAGUGCCCGACGUGCUGCCUCAUGCAUGGGAUUAGCUUCAACAUACAUCUUGUAAAUAAAUUAAAUAAACAACAGCUGGUAUGAGCUGAGUUCGCACUGCGAAUUGACUAGUGACCAACUUCAAGGCUUCAUGUCAUCGAACAUCCGUUUCUUCCUCAAGAGAGGUUGUGUAAGGAUUCAGAAUUAACCUUCAUUUUCAGAGAAUAUCUUACUCUGCUUCCCAGUCCAUCGUGUUGGAUAGCUACUUUUCAAUUACCAGCAUCCGCUUCAAGGGAAAGCAUAGUAUACAUUCAAGUACGUAUCGGCUAAGCAUGCCUCAAGCGUCUCGAGUAGAGGUCGAUUGCGGUACUUUCACUUGUUAACCAGCAUUUGGAUACUUUCCUAGGGCUUGAUAAAUUUUGAAGAGAACACGACCUCGUAUUUCGAAACCUCUAAUGGGUUCCAGCUACGAUUCGUACUACAACAGAUCAAGUUUUCCUGGACGUGAGAAUUACCUGGAUUAUUCAUCUGGAAACAUGGGCAGUUGCGAGUGCGCGGAGUCCUCCCUGUCGAGUGCAAUGACCUUGCAGGAGCAGCGGGAAAUGUUGAGAUCGGUGUUUCCUGGCCGGUGCAGCGACAACAGCCAGGACUACGAAGACGAUGACGAAGGAUCCAGCCAGAAGUUGAGAUUUACGAAGGCCCAAUUGCGUGUGCUGGAGGAUACCUUCCAGAGGCUGCAGCGGCCAAAUGCGCACCAGAAGAGCACGCUAGCGAUGGAAUUAGGCGUCCAGACUAGGCAAGUCGAGGUGUGGUUCCAGAACCGCAGAGCCCGAGGCAAGGCCAAGCGCAACGAGUCUGACUGUGAAGUAUUACGGCAGCGCUGCCAGGACCUGAUUGUGGAGAAUCACCAUCUCAACUACCUGAUUCAGAGCGAAAGGAUGGGCUAUGACAGCCGCCACCUAACAAGCAACGGCGGGCCGUUACUGCGGAUGGCUCUAUGCAACAACUGCAAGAAGCUCCGCAACUCAUGAUUCAAAGUCUCGUCAAUCGCCUGCUGCAUUCCGUGUCACGAUCAGCGUUCAUGCUUGGAUCGAACGCUCCACGACGUCCAGGAACCUGAGCGUCUCGACAAGGUCUUGUUGGGGGCUCUUGCCUUCAUGACUACCGCUGAGUAUCAUUCAUGAAGUGCAAUUUUUUGGUGGACUAAUAAAUACUACCUUUCCCAAUCCUUCUGGUCUCUUGCGCAGACCGAAAGACUUACCGACCGACCGAACGCCCUACCGUGUCAGUGGAUCCAUCAAGACUGAACGAGGAGGCCGUUUUUUGCAAGUCGAGCUGCUGUCAAGCUGCUUGUUGUUGCAAGAAUGCUCCGCCUGUUGCCUGGCUUGCUGUGACGGUUACUCAGUGUGCAGAUCUCAGGGUGCUUUGUGUAACAUACUACAAUAGUAACGAAAACUGCUACAAACUCAGAGAAUGGCGCAAGUCUCCGGCUUGUCCUCGUGAAUGUGCCAGAGAUGAUCGAUGAGAUAGUGAUUCGCUUUCAAGUUGGCCAGCCGCGGUAGGCGGUCCCUAUGAAUACAUUGACAAGCCUGUAAAUUCCGGAAGUAUGUUUUAGUUUUUGGCCGCCGUAGGCAUUGGAUUUUUUAGCGGAUCCACCGCCGCGAUGAAUGAAAAUUGAGUCUUGGUCUGCAAUGAUUCAAAGCUUUUGAUUUC